AUGUCGGCACUAAUCAAAGCCCCACGAGUGCGCCUUUUUGAACCGAAUGCAGCCCUAUCACCGCUGCUGCAAGAAAUCCUACGGAACUGUGAGCGUCGUAACGUUCGAUACGAUCGGCCACUGGUCAACUUCAUCAUGAAUCUGCUGAGCAUGGAUCCACAGUACGAACUGUUUAUGGAAACGCUCAGUACUGAUCGGCGCAAUCACGACGAUUUCGUUGAAGCUUGCUGCAAUCUGCUAGCCGACGAUCGAUCGCCAACGCUGAUCACUCUCCGGAUGCAGUGCUUUUUCCUGGACAAUUUCUUCGACAAGGACGAAAUCGUGGAGAAACAUGCACGCAAUCUGCAAGCCAAAACGUUUGCCCUAACGAAGGAGAUCAUAGACAACGAUGUCAUCACGAAAGAUGAACAGGACGAGGUGUUCAACAAGGUAAUACUAGACAUUGUCAUGAACAUGGGUUUGGGUAAUCCGGACUGUAAGGACGUUAUGGCCGAAACGAUGCGUGCACUCAAUUCGGUGAUGUCACGCAGUGAUAAAGCGAAGUUUGUAACACUUGAUCGAAAGGAUCGACUGAUGGCGUUGAAAGACAUUCGGGAGAUUGUGGCCGGUAUCCGUAUUUUCAACAAACACUCCGGAAAUACGGCCAACGGAAUGGCUGAUUUGCCAAAGAUAAUCGACCAGUCACACGAAUCAACGAAAUCGAUUCUUCAAAUUACGCUCUGCGAAAUCAUGGACAAGGUGAAUCUGCUGACAAGCGCUUUGAAUGCAGCAAUAGCGUAUGAUUUGCGCAACCGGUCCAUUAUAACGCUGCUGCCUGAAAACAUUACCGCAGACGAUUUCGAAACGAUCAAAGACUUGCUCGCCAUGUACCGUCAGCACGAGGUGUAUACGCGGAAACUCAUAGAUGAGUUGGUCACCAUCAAGUUAAGCAUUGAUGGCUGCAAGCAGGAGUACGAAGCGAAACUGUUGCGCAUUCACGAGGCCGUCCAAUAUCGAACGGCCAUUCCGACAGAUCGGGUUUUUCCCAAAUUUUCCGAACUAACACGCGUUUGGUUGCAGUUUCAAAAUUUCAUAUUUCUCCUAUCGGAAAUGAACCAAAUUAGUAAUACGCUGACAAGCCUCACUGAGCGAUGCGCUAGUUUUGAUGAUCUUGCCUAUCGUUUGCUAGGGGAAAGCCAGAUACAAACCGAUGUGGAUCGGUUAAACAAAGUCUGCUCGAAGCGAUUCAUUCUGCCCGAUCCAAUGAACUGUGAAAUUGUUCCGUAUGAGGAAAAUAUGCAGAUCCAACUUCUCAAGUUCUGCUUGUGGCAUUUAGCCGAAGGCAAGGGUUUGCUUAUGCCUGGAAGCACCGAACUCGGGGUGUGUCGCGUGCAGAAAGAACAUUAUCUCUUUAACAUUCCCGAACCGUUAUCGUUUUUCGACGAGGAUCCAAAUAAAUACUUCUUCAAAAUAGUUGAAACAGCAAGGAAAAAAAUUCAACUCAUUUGUCUGUUGAACAUACAUGACAAACUACUGUCCUCAUACAACGCGCCUCGUAGCGAAGGCUUUCAGAUGAAGAUAACGACUACCUGUGAUCGGGAGGUACAAACCGAUCUCCAUCCAGUACCGUCCAACAUUGACCGCGAGUAUCGCUGGAACGUUUGGGAUUAUCGGCGUGAGGCAAUCCGAUUGGCGAACAUUCGCACCAAACAGACGACUUCCGUUCAGACGCUCGAGUCGAGUCGUGCCAUCUCAAAGUCCACGCAAAUCUAUCUCGGCAAGCCACAAACCACACAGACUCGCGUCAGUCGCAGCACGGAAACGGAACAACGACGUCAAACGGGCUUGAAGGUGAUCGAACCAUCGGCACCAUCUCCUUUGAAGGUGUAUGCACUUACACUAGCUCAAACAAGUCGUUCCGCUUUUAACAAGAAUGGAGAGCGUUAG